CUUUCUGCUGACUGGAUCACACGACAGACAGGCUCUGAUCUGCCUAUUCGCUUCCAAAGACGCACAUCUAGCAACAUUACGAUCACGCCCCCCGCAAGCACACACUCGCGCACGCGCACACGCACACGCUCGACCCCGACCCCGACCUGCUUUAUUGUCCCCACCUUCUCAUCUCUUCGCUUUGCCCCAACCAACACCAACCACACCUGAUUCGAGAUCGGCAUCGGAUCGGGGCAAGUUUCGAUCACAUCACCCUACUUUUGCGAUUUUUCCACGUUGAUGCUUCUUGCACGAGCGAGCCAACGCUUCGCUCGAAUCCAGACGCGCACGCGCACCUCUUCGCAAGGCAUCGUCGUUAUCAGCAGCAGCAGUCGUAGAUCAUUCUACACGCUCAGACUUGCUCGCACGAAUCCCUUGCAGUCUGACUCCAUCCAGCCUACCACAUUCACCCAGACUGGCACUCGCAGCAGCGGAUCGCAGACGCGCAAAGAGCUUCAAAGCCUAUCCACCUCGAUCACUCCCUUCAAACUCUUGCGCACACACUCUACUCGAAGCGUUGUCACCAUGUCGACAUCCAGCAACACCGCUGCGCCAGUCGCCUCUCUGGCGGGCGGCGGCGAAGAGUUCUUCCGUCUGCCGACGCACACCAGACCUACCCACUACGACUUGACCAUCCUUUCCGAUCUGCAGUCCCUCCGAUUUAGCGGAUUGGUGACGAUUCAUCUGGACGUGAUCAAGGAGACGGAUCAGAUCGUGCUCAAUGCGGGAGAAGGUCUCAACGUCAACAAGGCCGCCGUACAGGCCGAUGCCCUCAAGACGGAGAACAAGAGCAUCGUCUCGCUCGAUGUCGACAAGAAACACGAACGCAUCACUGCAAAGCUGGCCACGACGCUGCCCAAAGGCAGCAAAGCCACCAUCUCGGUAGCUUUCGAGUCCGAGAUUGACGCGAGCAUGAUGGGCUACUAUCGCUCUACUUGGGAGCACGAGGGCAAAAAGGGCUUCUAUGCUCUCACUCAGUUCGAGGCCACUGCUGCCAGAAAGGCUUUCCCGUGCUUUGACGAGCCAGAGGCCAAGGCUACGUACAGCUUCACCAUGAUUCAUCGCAAGGACACCACAGCCCUCGCCAACAUGCCUGCAAUCAGCAACAAGCCAAUCAGCCGCUCGGAUGCCGACAAGCUCUUGCGCCUCACGGAGCUUGGCGUGCAAUCGGGAGUCACUGAAGCUGCCAAGACUCUCAAGACGGAAGUGGCAAACGCUGUCGGAGCCGGUGACGAGUGGGAGGUUACCAGUUACGACAAGCUUCCUUUGGUGUCUAGCUACCUUGUAGCCUUCGCUAAUGGACCUUUUCAGAGCCUCGAAUCCAGCUUCAAGAGCCCCAUCACGGGUCGCACUGUGCCCAUCAAAAUCUACACUACCGCAGAGUACAUUCAUCAGGCGCAAUUCGCUCUCGAUGUGACUGCUCGUGCUGUGCCCGUGUACGAAAAGAUCUUCAAGCAAGAGUACCCUCUGCCCAAGUUGGACACGCUCGUCGCCUCCGAUUUCGAUGCGGGAGCGAUGGAGAAUUGGGGACUGAUCACGGGUCGAACCAGCGUCUACCUGUACGACCCGCUGAAGAGCGGCCUGCAGGGCAUGAAGAGGACAGCUUCGGUGCAAUCGCACGAGAUUGCCCACCAGUGGUUCGGAAACAUUGUGACGCCCAAGUGGUGGGAUAAUUUGUGGCUCAACGAGGCGUUCGCAACGCUCAUGGGAGAAGUCAUCAUCCUCGACCGACUCUACCCAGAGUGGGACAGCGCGAGCGAAUUUAUUGGACUUCAUCUGGAGCGCGCUUUCGAACUCGAUGCCAAGCGCUCCAGCCAUCCCAUCGAGCUGCCGCUCAAGGGGGAGAAUGUGGAGGAUGCAAUCGCUCAGAUUUUCGAUGCUUGCUCUUACAGCAAAGGAGGAAGCGUGCUCAGGAUGCUCGCUGCGAUUGUUGGCGAAGACGUCUUUCUGAACGGGGUUGCCAUCUACCUUUCCAAGCAUCUGUACUCCAACGCCGAAACAAAGGACUUGUGGGCUGGAAUCAGCGAGUCUUCGGGACUGGACGUUGCUAGGAUCAUGAGCAACUGGAUCUUGAAGAUUGGCUAUCCCGUCAUUACGGUCGAAGAGAAGCAAGACAGCAUCGUUGUUCGUCAGAACAGGUUCUUGAGCACUGGCGAUGUCAAGCCGGAAGAGGAUGAGACGUUGUGGUACGUUCCCUUGCAGCUCAAGACGGUAUCCGCUUCCGGAGAGGCCAAAGUGGACCCUAGCGCUGUGUUGGAUCUGGAAAGGUCGAGGGAAAUUGCGCUCAAGGAUGUCAAGAACUCUACGUGGAAGCUCAACGCCGACACGAUUGGUGUUUAUCGCGUGGCUUAUGAGCCCGCGAGACUCGCAAAGCUGGGAGCCGAGGCUGCCAAGCCUAAUAGCGCUUUCAGUCUUCAGGAUCGUGUGGGGCUCGUCUCCGACGCUUUCACCCUGGCCAAAGCUACGGAUAGCAAGACUAGCGCAGCGCUCACCCUGGUCAAGGAGCUUCGAAACGAUCCGACGUACCUGGUGCAGAGCAUGAUCAGCACCAAUUUGGCUGCGCUCGCCUCGACUUGGUACGAGCAGCCGGAGGCGGUCAGGUCUGCAAUCGACCACUUCAGAGCCGAGGUGUUUGGCGGCACGGUGCAAAAGUUGGGCUUCGAGUUUCCAGAGGGCGAGUCUCCGGAUACGAAGCAGCUGCGCGCUACUGCCAUUGCGGCAGCUGCUGCGGGUGGUGAUGAGCACACGCUGAAAGAGCUGCGGACCAGGUUUGCAGCUUGGCAAACGACGCAAGACGAGAGCGGUAUUCAUCCCGACAUCCUCAGGACGGUAUAUGCCACGGCUGUCAAGCAUGGAGGAGAGGCAGAGUACGAAUCGGUGCUUGGCGUGUGGAGGAAACCUCCUACGCCGACGCACAAGAUUGCUGCUCACUUGGCCCUGUGCGCUACGAGGGAGGAAAAGUUGAUCCAGCGAACAUUGACGCUAACGCUGGAAGAGGUCAAGACGCAAGACUUCAUGUACACUUCUGCCGGACUCGGAGCCAACUUGUCUCCGCAGGCUAGAAAGGCGCUUUGGAACUGGAUCAAGCAGAAUUGGGACAAGCUGAAUACAAGGUUUGCGGGAAACAACUUUAGCUUUGGAAAUAUCGUCAAGUAUGCUUUGUCCAACUUGGCGGAUAAAGAGGCUAUACAGGACGCUGAGAGCUUCUUUGAAGGUAAACAGAUUAGCAAGAUCUCCAUGGCUUUGGCUCAAAGCUUGGACUCUAUCAGGACCAACGUCAGAUGGCUCGACUCGGACAAGCAGGACGUCGAGCAGUGGCUCAAAUCCAAUGGUUACCUCAAGUAGAGGGCGCAGAGGAGCGCACAAGGAGAGCGAGGAUGCCGAUUCUUUGCGCGGGUCAUACCUUUUUUGGGGGCGCAUCCAAAGAGGUACAAGUUUAACAAAUCAAAUUGAUGUCUUGACGUGACGAAUGCUGAUGCGGUUUGAAAGGCGUGGGUC